ACAAAGUACAUCAUAAACACGAUAAAAAGAUAAUAAGAUAAAUGUGCUUCGUGUAAAUCUGGCAGGUAAAUCCCUCCCACAGUCCACAUUAGCAAAGGCUCGCUGUAACGUCAACACUGUCCCGCGUUCUGAUAGGACGGGCCGUGUAGCUACGUCACAAUCUGUUUCCAACCAUUGGCUCCACCCACGUCACCGCUGAUUUCUCUCCUCCUCCGAUGAUGGACUGUACCAAACACAAGACAAAAACAAAUCUCACAUACAAAGACACGUAAAUACUGCCGUGUGCUCAUCUAACUACGGCUCAUCAGGUAAUUUUUCCGCUGACAAAGAAAAAUCAGAGGACGAGAUGGUUUCUCCUGUCACUGUGGUCAAGAGCGAGGGUCCAAAGCUUGUGCCAUUCUUCAAAGCAACUUGCGUCUACUUUGUUCUGUGGCUGCCAACCUCGAGCCCAUCCUGGUUCAGUGCCCUCAUCAAAUGCCUGCCCAUCUUCUGUCUCUGGGUUUUUCUGCUAGCGCAUGGCAUCAGCUUUUUAGGUGCCCAUUCCAGUGCCAGGAAAAUCCUGGCAGGACUUAUUUUUUCAGCUUUGGGUGAUGCAUUUCUCAUCUGGCAAGAGCAAGGCUACUUUUGUCAUGGGCUGCUAAUGUUCGGCAUCACCCACAUUCUCUACUCUUCAGCUUUUGGGAUGAAGCCCCUCAACUUGAGAGCAGGUUUGGUCAUUUCUGUCAUUUCAGGCCUCAGCUACACACUUCUCUACCCCUACCUCUCCGGUCCCUUCACCUACUUGGUGGCCGUUUACAUUGCUCUCAUCGGCUUCAUGGGUUGGAGGGCCAUUGCUGGUGUCCAGCUGACCAAUGACCUCUGGACCUGGACGAAACUGUCGGCCUGUCUCGGAGCCGUCCUCUUCAUGGUGUCUGACCUCACAAUUGCCGUCAACAAGUUCUGCUUCCCUGUGCCCCACUCCCGAGCCAUCAUAAUGGCCACUUACUACGCGGCACAGAUGUUGAUUGCGCUGUCAGCUGUGGAAUACCAAGAUGCCGAUGUGUCUCUGAAAAGAGCCUGAGGAAUCGCACCUUAACCAACCUACCCCCAUUAACUUACCAUCGACAGCAGCUGCAAAGGUUCAUAUCCCACUUUCUGAAACCCCUGGUCCAUCUGCAGUUCUCCCUGUCUGAGAUAUUUUGGGUAUAGUUGAGGAUCCACCAAUUUAAAAUGGUGUAAAAUUACACUGAUUGGGGAAUUCUUGCUGGAUUCACACAAAAGGUUGGAUAGUCCUGGUCUUCAAUAUUUUGAGAACGUCAGGUUUAUUCCAUUAUUCCUCAGUGUUAGAAUAUAGCUAUCAUUUCCAAGUUUCCUCUAGCAGUAUACUACAUGGUCAAAAGUAUACAGACACCACAGCCAUUUUUGCAUGAUGAACAUUUAAUUUCAGAACCAUUGCUUGUAAUAGGGAAUUGGUUCUCUUGCUCCUAUAACCGCUACCGCUCUUCUAGGAAGGGUUUUUACUUGAUGUUGGAUCAUGGCUGUGUGGAUUUGCUCCCAUUCAGACACAAGAGCAUCCGGGAGGUCAAGCAGUGAUGUUGGACGAUUGGAUCUGGCUUGCAAUCAGCAUUCCAAUUCAUUUCAAAGGUGUUCAGUUAGGUUUAGGUCUGGUCUUUGCGUAGGGCAGUCAAGUUCUUCUGCACCACAUUCUGUAAACUAUUUUACUGUUCCUUUGACAGCUCUUUGGUAUGGCCCAUUCUACUGAAAACGUUUGUCUCAGGUUCAAUUUUAUGCACCUGUUAGUAAUGGGUGUAGCUGAAAUAGUCAAACCCGUUAAUUAGAAGGGCAUGUCAAGAUCAUUUUGGCAAUAUAGUGUCAUGAUCAUUUUUGGUAUUGAGAAAGGAAAGAAAGAUAAGUGUUAAAAGUGAAAAAAGAUAAGUUUGUUGUAACAUUAUUACAAUGCUUUGAAAUCGGGAUUCUGGUUUCAAGAGCCGAAAUGGAGCCAAAGUAUUUAGUUUUGCCAACUGUGGUCAUGUCUAGAAGAGAACUGUUGGGCUGGGAAAAGUCUCUCAAGAGUCGCAAGCGACAUUAGUACACUGGGAUUAUUGUGUUUAUUUGGAAAGAAAUCCUACAACAGAAAUCCUUCACCUAACCCUAACAUUUACCCUACCCCUAGCCCUUACCUUUGUUACAGCAUAUGCAAAUCUUGCAUAUACAUUUCCAUAAUUAAGUCCUCUUCUAGACAUGACCCCCAACCUUUCCCAAAGAAGCGACUUUUCCAUUUCAACCAAGACUAACUGUCUAACACUGUCUCCAUGGUGCUCAUCUUGUCCACUUCAGAUAGUCAUGUGAACAGAGACAAAGUCUUAAGGGACUAAACUCUUAUCUUUCACUUAUCAGAAAACUUUGGGCCCUGCAGAAUGUACCAGCAAACAAUGUAAGGUGGUUCAGAUUCUUCUCAGGGGGCUGGUUUCCCCGUCUCACCUUAGGUUUACCAGACAUAAUCAGACAGCAGCAUGACAACCAUUUCAUAUUAAAGCUGAUAUUUUAGCGUACUUCGUGCUGCUGUACUGAAAAUCAACGCACAGGUCUUCGUAGUAGUAUUGUGUGGUAUAAUGUACCAUGAUGUUUACCCUGUGUCGUUGACACAUUUCAUUGAGUUCAUACACAAACCUCUAUGCCUACAUACACUCUCAUGUGCUGGAAUCGUUGUCUUGCUUAAAAUAUCCAUCUUUCCCAAUUGACUGCAUGCAGUGGUGGUGCUGUCUCUAGAGUAGAUAAGGCCCGUAUGUUUUGUUAAGAUGUGAAACGUGACCAAAACUGAUAUGAAAACAUGUCAAAACGCUCGUAAAAGGAAGAGAGGUCACUUUCUCUGAGGCAAUUCGACAACAGUGUCUGUUAUAUUUUACUUAGGUUUCUGCUGAGUCAACAGCAAUUCUCAAUACCUCUACAAGGAAACGGCAAAUAAUUACUAGUUGUACUGUUUAUUUUGUCUGUACAGUUCCAGGUGUUGUUUUUAAACAGGGUGUGAUGUAAGAUAAUUUAUAUGUACCAUGCUUUCAACCACUUUCAUUUGUCUAUUGUCCAUGUGUCUUACUCAAGGGAAGGUCCCAUGAUGGACAAUUUAACAUCUGCUGCGUUAAACCUGAUCUUUGGACUAACUGGUAUUUUGUCCACAAGAGAGAAAAGCCAGCACAGUGUAAUUUUGUUUCUCACUCUGUUAUCAUCUCAUUCACAUCUUUUCCUUCACCAGAAAACGUGUGAAUAUUUCACAGCAUUUUCUGUGAAAAUUUCACAUCUUGUGAAUAUUUCACAGUACAGCAUUCUUCUCUCUCAUUUGGUACUGUGCUUUACAAGCCGAAUCAUAUAUUCAGGGGGAAUCUCACGAAAAUAUGUCUGGGUUAUAUUUCACACCAAAAUCAAUAGCAAAACCUAAGAAAGUACAUUUUACAUAAAGAAAAUAAAGCCAAUUUAAAGGAC